AGCCUCCUCUCGUUUAAACUUGCUCACAAACUCUGCCAAAAGGUUGUACGAGAAGGAUAUGAGAGCUUCACCGGCCUACAAUGACUGCCGGAUUCAAUCAUGGGCGAUAAUCAGUUACAGACCAGGUUUUCUGUAAAUCUCAUCUUUCUGAACGAGAACGACUUGAAACAAGAGCAGCCGAUUUCCAGUCAGCAUCAGGAGCUUACGCUUCAAUUACACAGAGAGCCGGACGACAUCUGUCUGACCGUUAAUAACGAUGCUGGGGUCUGUGUUUUUAAGUUCUCCAUCACGAGGGACACAGAGUGUUGUCGGGUGGCCAACCGCUCAUUCCUCAUCACUCUGGGCUGUUUCAGUAUCAUCAUGCGCUUCAGCACUCAGUCAGAGUUUCAGAUCUUCCAUGAAAUCCUGUGCUCAUGGCACAAGAUCAGGAGACAUCAGUCUGUGUUUCAGCAGAGGACAGAUGAAUCAUCUGCACUGCAGUACUUCCAGUUCUAUGGCUGUCUGUCCCAGCAGCAGAACAUGCUUCAGGACUAUCUCAGGACUGCAACCUACCAAAAAGCCAUCUUGCUCAAUGAUGUUGACUUCAGAGAUAAAGUGGUUCUGGAUGUGGGCUGUGGAACAGGGAUAUUGUCCUUUUUCGCCGUCCAGGCCGGGGCUAAGAAAGUGUAUGCAGUGGAGGCCAGUUCUGUGGCAAAAUAUGCAGAAAUUCUAGUGAAAAGCAAUAACUUGUCCAACAAAAUCACAGUUUUGUCAGAAAAGAUUGAGGAAGUUUGCUGCCCAGAGAAGGUGGAUGUGAUCAUCUCAGAGCCCAUGGGAUACAUGCUCCUCAAUGAGAGGAUGUUAGAGAGCUAUCUGCACGCCAAAAACUGGUUAAAACCCAAAGGCAUGAUGUUCCCGACUCAGGGUGACAUUCAUCUGGCUCCUUUCACUGAUGAACAACUCUACAUGGAGCAUCAAGCUCGCUCCAACUUCUGGAAUCAGAGAUGUUUCUACGGUGUGAACUUGAGUGGGCUUCACUCUUCUGCUGCGGAUGAGUUCUUCAAACAGCCAAUAGUUGACACGUUUGAUAUGCAGAUUCUCAUGGCCAGGUCUGUGAAAUACACAAUCAACUUUCUAGAGGCAAAAGAAGAAGAUUUACACCGGUUGGAAAUUCCUUUUGUCUUCAAACUGCUGCAGUCAGGGCUGAUUCAUGGACUUGCUUUCUGGUUUGAUGUGGCCUUUGCUGGCUCAAGGAUGACUGUAUGGCUGUCCACUGCUCCAAACGAACCUUUGACUCACUGGUAUCAGGUACGCUGUCUUCUGCAGACCCCGCUGUUUGCCAAAAUGGGACAGACGUUAUCUGGGAGGGUUCACCUAAUAGCCAACAAGAGACAAAGCUAUGACAUUCACAUCACUGCGGUUGUUGAUCAGUCUGGAUUUAAAUCUGGGAAUUCACUGGAUUUGAAAAAUCCUUUUUUUCGGUACGCCUGAAACAUCGUUCUCAUCAUUUAACCAAAAUCCUAAAUGAACACUAAAAAUCUAUGAAGGUUCAAGAGUGCAUGUGAUCAGAGGUGUAAAAUACUUGAGUUAUUUUACUUGAUUGCUGUACUUAAGUAUUAUUUUAGGGGAAUUUUACUUCAUUCAAGUACAAUUUAGACCGACUACUUGUACGACCUAAUUACAUUUUUAAAGAAAAACUACUUUUUAUGCACAUUAAAAAUGGUUAAAGUAAGCUCAAACACUCACGCUUGAUGUGAGAACCAAUGAUCAUUGUUUUCUCGUAUCAAGCACACAAACAAUUCUACUUCAGUUGUGACUUUCAUCAGAUAAAGGUCUGGGUCCAACAGUUCACCACCAAAUCUGAGGAAGCCUGUUGAGAUGGAAAGUUGUGUUUUCUGUCAAAAAAGAUUAUUCAUUAUUCUUUCUGUUUUAACAGAGGCAUUAGCCGUGGAAUAUAUUGGCUGAAUGCACAAGAUUAAAUGCAAAUAAAAUCAGUGAUGAAAAUUUUAAUAAUAGUUUAAAUUAAUAGUUUUGUGGGAAUAAUUAUUUUUUAAAUAAAGAUUAGUAAAUCUUUCAAAAAGUGUUAGUAGGAAUUUGGACUUUUGGAUAUAUAUAUAUAUAUAUAUAUUUAAAUCUUAAAAAUUACACGAUUUUCUAAUGAAUUCAUAUAAUUAGACAACACAAAAAGUGGCCUUUUUAAAAUAUUUUAAUUCCAUGACUCUCAUUAAUUCAUCCCAUUCUUGCAUCCUGUCCUGUUUGGAAUAUGUUUCGAACCUCUGCCUCGCAUUGUUAUGAAAAGUGAUAGUUCACCUACAAUUAAAAUUCUUAUCUUGUCCCAGGUGUUUAUGACUUUCUUUCUUCAGAUGAACACAAGCAAAGAUUUUUAGUCCGUAUAUGCAAGGGCACAGGACCACUACAGAAACCACACAAAGUAAACUCGACGGUCAAGUUUUAAAAUAUUAGUAUUAGUAAUGUUCUUACAUAUAUUGUUUCACUUAAAAAGACACUGAUUCAUCAACAGCGGUUGUAUGACUUAUUGUUAUAUUCACUUUGUGUAGUUUUUGGACGUCCCAUACUUAUGUUACACAAAGAGAGAUGAUUUAGAUGUUAGUUUGUGUUCAUCUUGUGUUCUUGUUAUUGCUGCACUAGAUAUAUGUGUUUGACCUGUGCCAUUGCAUUUUGUUUUAUUUUCUCCCUCUAACCAAACUUCUGUCAGUCUGUCACGAAAAAAAGUACUUUUUUUAAUACUUGAGUACAAUUUAAAGUUGUACUAUUUACUUUUACUCGAGUAUGUUUUUGGUCAGAUACUUGUACUUUUAAUUGAGUAAAAAUUUUACAGAGUAUGUUUACUUUCACGCGAGUAAAAUGUUUCAGUACUUUUUACACCCCUGCAUGUGAUACGGUGAUAUAUGAUAUUUGUUAAUAAAAACAAGGUAACUGAA